GGUUCUUUUAUCUUAAUAGAAGCUUUGAAAUGAAAUAGCGGCUGGUCAACACCAUCUCUAUCUUCAACUCAAGUACCGAAAAGAGGGAACCAAAGCCAUGGGGAUAACCCGAAGCCUCACGUCCGAUCAGCUUCAGUCCUUUAAUGCUCAAGGUUACCUUGUGAUUGAAUCGUUUGCAAACGCCGAAGAAAUCGAUGCCUUAAUGAAGAGAAUGGAUCAAUUGCUUGAUGAUUUUGAUUGCUCCACGGCCUCAAUUUUCUCCACCAAGAACCAGCAACAAUUAACUGAUGACUACUUCUAUGAAAGCGCUGAAAAGAUUUCUUUUUUCUUCGAAGAGAAAGCAUUUGGUGAUGAUGGAAACUUACAGCAACCAAAGCACCUCUCUAUUAAUAAAGUUGGCCAUGCCCUGCACGAGCUUGACCCAGAAUUUAAAAGUUUCUCUAGCUCUGAGAAAUUUUUAAGCAUGUUAUUCUCCUUGGGUUACAAGAGGCCGGUAGUUAUUCAGUCUAUGUAUAUUUUUAAGCAACCAGGUAUCGGAGGUGAAGUAGUGCCUCACCAGGAUAACUCAUUUCUAUAUACUGAACCACCAACUUGCACAGGGCUGUGGUUGGCCCUGGAAGAUGCAACAACAGUAAAUGGUUGUCUCUGGGCCGUUCCUGGAUCCCAUAAAAAUGGUCUAGUGAGAAGGUUUAUUAGAGGUGAACAGGGGGUCUACUUUGAUCGGCCUUCCCCUUCUUAUGAGCUAAAGGAUUUUGUGCCUAUUGAAGUAAAAGCUGGUUCUUUGGUCAUUAUUCAUGGUGAUCUUAUUCAUCAAAGUUUUGAGAAUCGGUCCCCAAAAUCAAGGCAUGCCUACAGCUUGCAUGUCGUGGAUACUGAUGGCUGCAAAUGGGCACAAGACAAUUGGAUUAGAAGAAAAGUGGAGCCAGAACCUCUCUAUGCAUCUUGAUCUCCUCUGGCAGAUUCAAAAGAUCAGUUUUUAUAAAAUGGAUGCUGUGGCAUGUGCACCUCAAGCAAGACUGUAUUUUUCUCAGUUGUAACCUUUGAAAUUGGUCAUAUGUUAAAUGUUCCUCCGUUUCAUGUAUAUCACAAAUAAUAAUAAAAAGCUGUUAUCAGCACUAUAAUGUUAUAAUUAUAACAGUUCGUCUUUGUUACCAGAAUUAGGUUUACUGAAGCUGCAUGUAGGUAAUGAAACUUCACUAAUUAAAUUUUGCUAGGUUAAUUUUCUCUAAA